AUGCAGACGAAGGUCGAUGACAUCAUGGAGCAGAUCGAAAAGUUGGCGAAGCGCGAUGAGGUACAGCAAACUGAGAUUCAUGGCUUGGCUGACAGCGAGGCGAAACUCCACAAUGAGUUGAAUGAAUGCGUUCAAAGUCUUGCUGAAUGCGACCAGAAGCAGGAGAACCAAAUCAGGGACUUAGCGGGCCAUGAAAAGAAGAACCGUGAAGAGAUUGAGAUUCUCAAGGCCAAAGUAGAAUCUCUCGUGGAGCACCUAGAAGGACAGGAUGACCCCGCCGACAUGCAGACGAAGGUCGAUGACAUCAUGGAGCAGAUCGAAAAGUUGGCGAAACGCGAUGAAACUCAGCAAGCUGAAAUUCAGAACGUUGCUGACAAGGUGGAGGACGUUGCCGAUAAGGAAGCGAAGCUCCAAGCGGUCUUGAAUGAGCGUGUUCAAUUGCUUACAGA